AUGAGCGGUCGUGUUUUGGAUUUGUUCAAGCCAUUUGAGGCGUACUUGCCUGAGGUUAUUGCCCCAGAAAGACCUGUUCCUUACAAACAAAAGUUGAUUUGGACAGGUGUUUCUUUAUUGGUAUUUUUGGUGUUGGGUCAAAUUCCAUUAUAUGGUAUUGUAUCCAGUGAAACCAGUGAUCCAUUGUAUUGGUUAAGAGCCAUGUUGGCUUCUAAUCGUGGUACGUUGAUGGAAUUGGGUGUCUCUCCAAUCAUUACUUCGUCCAUGAUAUUCCAAUUCUUGCAAGGUACUCAAUUGUUACAGGUGAACAUGGAAAACAAGCAAGACAGAGAAUUAUAUCAAAUUGCUCAAAAGGUGUUUGCUAUCUUAUUAACCUUUGGUCAAGCCAUUGUUGUUGUAUUGACUGGUAACUAUGGUAAGCCAUCUGAUUUGGGUCUAGCUAUCUCUUUGUUGUUGAUCUUCCAGUUGAUUUUUGCCUCUUUUACUGUGUUGUUGCUAGAUGAGCUUUUGUCCAAGGGUUACGGUUUGGGUUCUGGUAUCUCUUUGUUCACAGCAACCAACAUCGCUGAACAGAUCACUUGGAAGGCAUUUGCUCCAACUACUGUCAACGUUGGGCGUGGUCAAGAAUUUGAAGGUGCUGUCAUCGCAUUGUUCCAUUUGCUAGCCAUUAGAAAGGAUAAGAAGAGAGCAUUGGUCGAGGCCUUCUACAGGGAAAACUUACCAAAUAUGUUCCAAGUAUUCUCAACUAUUGGUGUCUUCUUAUCUGUCUUGUACUUACAAGGUUUCCGUUACGAAUUGCCAAUUAAGUCUACCAGAACUAGAGGACAAUACGGCAGUUACCCAAUCAAGUUAUUUUACACAUCGAAUACUCCAAUCAUGUUACAGUCUGCUUUAACUUCAAACAUCUUUUUGAUCUCUCAAAUCUUGUACCAAAGAUUUUCCACAAAUCCAUUAGUCAAGUUGUUAGGUGUAUGGGGCACAAGAGCUGGCGCUCCAGCUGGGCAACAAGUGGCUUUGUCGGGUUUGUCAUACUACAUUCAACCACCAUUCUCCGUCACUGAUGCCUUAUUGGACCCAAUCAAGACAGUUGUCUACGUUGGCUUCGUGUUAGGAGCAUGUGCAUUGUUCUCUAAGACCUGGAUUGAGAUCUCAGGAACUUCUCCUCGCGAUGUUGCUAAACAAUUCAAGGACCAAGGAUUGACCAUCAACGGCAAAAGAGAAACUAACGUCUACAAGGAAUUGAAGAAAAUUAUUCCAACUGCCGCCGCUUUCGGUGGUGCUGUCAUUGGUGCCCUAUCGGUGGGAUCGGAUCUCCUAGGAACAUUAGGUUCAGGUACUUCCAUUUUGAUGGCAACCACAACAAUUUAUGGUUACUACGAAGUAGCUGCUAAAGAAGGUGGUUUCACGAAGAACUUGGUAUCAGGUUUCUCAGAAAUGAUGUAA